GGCUAUAUACUACAAACAAGUAUGCCAAUGACAUGCGUGGCAUAUGGCUGCAAUAAUCACUUUGUCAGAGGAUGUGGGAAGCAAUUUUUCAGGUUUCCAAUUAAAGAUCCUGAACGGCUGUUUAUGUGGGUUACAGCAAUCCGAAGGAAAAAUUGGAAACCAUCUGCAUCCAGCAGAAUCUGCAGUGAUCAUUUUACUGACAAAGAUUACAUGUUACGUCCAGGAGCAAUGGUGCCACGUUUACGGCUCGAUGCAGUGCCUUCUAUUUUCAAUGGAUUUCCUAAGCAUCUAAAAGAGCGACUAGAAAGGAAGAAGAAAAAGAAAACUGAUGACCAAGUAGUUAUAAUUUGUAAUCAAAUGGAGACUCAAUAUGCAGAUCAGCCAUUUCAUCACACGGAAGAGCUGAAAAAGACAAGCAACUCCUGCGAGAAUUCAGAAAGUACUACUGACAGAACUACAGAGUCCUCACUACUGGCAACAGAAAUUCUGGGAACAGACAUAGCUGAGAACCAAGAAAUACAAGAAGCAGUUGUGACAAAUUCUAAGGAGACUUUUAAGAUGAAGACCUGUGUAGUAUAUGGAUGCAACAACACCCUUUUCAAAGGAUGCAAGAAGCAGUUUUUCAGGUUUCCAUUGAAUGAUCCAGAAUGUCUGUCAAAGUGGAUUGUAGCAGUUCAGCGUAAAUAUUGGAAACCAUCUACAUCCAGCAUAAUCUGUAGUGAUCAUUUUACUGACAAAGACUACAUGUCAUGUCCAGAAGCAACGGGCCCACAGCUACGACAUGAUGCAGUGCCUUCUAUCUUCAUUAAAAAUCCUAAAUGGGAAAAUAUAACCAGUGAUGUAACGGAAGUUCAAAACAGAGAUCAGGUUAAACUUGGCCCUGCGGAGAAAAGCCUACAUACAGCCUGUGUAGUAUAUGGCUGCAAUAACCGAUUUGUCAAAGGAUGCAAGAAGCAAUUUUUCAGGUUUCCCUUGAAAAACCCAGAACAGCUGUGCAAGUGGAUUCUAGCAGUUCGAACUACAAAAUGGAAGCCAUGUGUUUCAAGCAGAAUCUGCAGUGACCAUUUUAAGGAUAAAGAUUAUAUUUUGCAGCCUGGGAUGAAAGUUCCUCAACUUCAUGCAAAUGCAGUGCCUUUUGUCUGUAAAGAAAAAAGUAGAAGAAACAAUUUUAAGUUAGAGUUUGUGACUUCAGAGCUAUUAACAGAAACACCUAGACCUGCUGAUCACACAUAUUCAGCGUUCCAUAAUGCAGUAGACAUCCCCUAUUACAAACCUGACACAGUAAAACUUAAAAAGAAAGUGAGGACCUUACAACGUCAAGUACAGAGGCAGAGACAUACAAUAAAAAAACUAUAUGAAAGAAUUGCACAGUUAAGGAAGAAUAAAGACUUGUGUUCAGUUUCAUCAUUAGUAGUAUAG